AUGGAGGCAAGCCUCAGCGGCGGCACGUGCUGCCUGCAGCUGGCGCUCUACCUGGCUGGCAAUGCCAUCACCGUCGCCAUCGGCCUGCUCAUAUGGAACCUGAACUCGGUUCUGGCCGACUUCCGGGACAGCAUGCUGUACGCCCUGCUGUGCUCCAUCGCGCUGCGCCCCGUCAAGGACUGGCUGGUGGCCCACAUGGAUGCCAGCCUGGGCGACCCGCGGCGCAGCGUGGGCGGCGCGUUGGCCGCGCUGGCCGCACUGCCCCUCACGGCGGCGGUGGAUGCCUGGGAGGAGGCGCGCGCGAUACUGGCCAAGUGGCGGCAGGCGGUGCAGGAGGAGUUCCAGCGGCGGCAGGCCAUGCUGCUGAAGCGGGGCGGCGGGGAGGGCGGCGGCGCGGCAGGCGCGGGCGGCGCCACCACGCCCACCUCGCCGCGCACGCCACGCACGGCGGCCGCUGCGGCCGCUGCCGCGGCGUCUGGCACGGCGGCCACCGCCCCCACCGCCGCCCGCACCACCGCGGCGGCCGCCAUGCACACGAUGCCGUCGCUGGCGGUGUAUGGUCAUGCGGCGGUCAAGGUGCUCAAGUCGCGGCGCACCAGCAAGAAGCGGCGCAAGCAGCGCCAGCUGCUCCGGCAGCGCCCCCCGGAGGGCAGCAGCGUGCUGUUCCGCUGGCUCUUCCGCACCUGCGCCGCCUGGCUGGUGUGGGAGUGGGUGCGGGACUCGUGGAGCGCCACUGUGCAGCUGGUGCUGCUGGUGCUCACCGCCGUGCUGGCGGUGGGGGUGGUGCCGCUGCUGCUGCUCACCACCAACCGGUACCUGGGAGCCGCGGUCUUCUCGCCUGCCAAGACCCCCGCAGCCUCCACCACGCAGGCCAGUGGGAGCGCAGCAGAGCUGCAGGGGCGGCGCGGCAGCCUGCAGAGCGUGUCACCCCCCAAGCGCCCCCGCUUCAGCCCCUUUGCCGAGGCCCGGCAGCGGCGGCGUGGCCCGGGGGUGCCGCCCACCCCAGAGUCGCCGGGAGAGGAGGCCGCGGGCGCGGCCCUCACCGCCGCCGACCGCUGGUGGGGGUGGUGGCGCGGCUGCUGGCGCGGCGCGCGCGCCGCCUGCGCCGGCGUGCUGGGCGUGCUGGACGCCGCGCUGCGCUCCGCGCUGCGCGCCAACCUGCACGCCCUCGUCUCCCUGCUGCUCAUCCUGGGCCUCUUUGUGGGCACCACCGGCCUGGCCGCCUUCCUCAGCGUGCGGGUGGCACAGGAGGGGCGCGCCACGGUGCUGGCGGUGAGGGACGUCUUCCCCACGGCCUGGGCCGGCAUGGCCGCCUCCACCCCGCUGCUGGCGGACGCAGCGGCGGCGGCGGGCGAGGGCAGGCGCGGCGGCGGCGGCGGCGCCCUCCCCGGCGCCGCGGCCGCCGCCGGCGGCGCGGCGGCGCUGGGCGACGGCGCGGGCCUGCCCUCCUGGGUGGCCGCCUACCAGGCUGAGGCGCUGGCCCUGGUGCAGCAGUCGCUGCCGGCGGUGGCCAGCUGGGCGGAGACUCAGUUCUACGGGGCUCUAGAGAAGCAGAACCUGACGUCGGCGCUGGGCGACAUGCGUUUGCUGUAUGAGACGAUGCAGGGGCCGCGGCAGUGCAGCGAGCGGGAGCGGGAGAAGCUGCUGGUGGCGCUGGCCAGGGCUGAGGUGGCGCUGCAGGCGGCGCGCGACAGCCAGCGCCGAGCGGAGCAGCAGCUAGGGGAGGCGCGCACCCGGCUGCGUGCGGCUGUGCAGGGGCUGGACGCAGCGCGAGGUCGGGAGCAGCCGGCGCCCCGCCCCGUGCCCAAGUGCGUGCCUCGGGCGCCGGCGCCGGCCGCGGGCGAGGAGGCGGGGCCCGGCGGCAGCGGCGGCGGGUGUGCUCCAGAGGAGGCUGUGGCGUUGGAUGGCCGGGUGCUGGUGCUGGAGGAGGGGGUGGUGGCGGCAGAUGCGGCGCUGGAAGGCGCCAAGGCGGCGCACAAGGCAGCCGCCCUGCAGCUGGACGGUGCGGAGCGAGAGCAGCGCGCGGCGCUCAGCCGCCUGCAGCUGUGCGGCGAGGAGCGGCGCGGCGGGCACAGCAGCAGCCUGCUGCCGGGGCUGGCGGGGGAGGUGGGCGCGGGCCUGCAGGCCGCGUACGCCAAGCUGUGGCGCCGCCAGCUGCGCGAGGGUCUGGCCGACAUGCGGGCGGUGGCCCGCCUGUGCGCCUCCGCCCUGCGCGGCAUCGCGCAGCGCAGCGGCGACGCGGUGGCCGACCUCAGCGGUCUCCAGCGCCUGGCGCAGGCGGCGGCGGACCCGCUGAUCGCGGCGGGGCGCGUGGCGGGGCGCCUGUUUGCCGGCUCUGUUGGAUCCACCACGGCGGCGGCGCUGAUGGGGGGCCUGGGCGUGCUGCGGCUGGGGGUGGGCGUGGUGAAGGCGGGCAUGCAGCUGAUGCUGUUCCUGGCGCUCCUCUACUACCUGCUGGCGGCGAGGGCAGACCCGCUGCUGGCGGCGGCGGGCAUGCUGCCGCUGUCGGAGGCGGGCAGGCAGCGCACCGCCAUGGCGCUGAACCGCGCGCUGGGAGGCGUGCUGGUGAGCAGCAUGAAGCUCAUCGCCUUCCACGGCUGCUUCUCCUGGAUCACCUUCCGGGUCAUGAACCUGCCGCUCACAUACACGGCCUCGGUGGCCUCCGCCGCCUGCGCGCUGCUGCCCUUUGUGCCCACCUACGCGGUGGCGCUGCCUGGGUGCGCGGUGCUGCUGGCGCAGGGGCGCCUGCUGGCGGCGGUGCUGUUUUUUGCGCUGCACUUCAUGGGCUACUACAUCGGGGACACAGUCAUCCUGGAGGACAUCCCCGGCGGCCACCCCUACAUGCUGUCACUGGGCAUCCUGGGCGGCAUCUACGCGUUUGAAAACCCGCUGCAGGGCUGCCUGCUGGGACCCAUCCUGCUGUCCCUGCUGUCCGUGUUUUACAACCUCCACUCAGAGUUCAUGGGCAGCGGCAGCGGCCAGGCCACGCCAGACGGCGGCGGGCCGCUGCACCGCCUUUGGAGCCUCACCCCCGGCACCAUCAACCGGCAGCAGGGGCAGGGGCAGGGGCAGGGGCAGGGGCAGAUGCCGGGGCGCCUGGGGCAAGGCGGUUCGGGAGAGGAGCAGGGCGGCGCUGGCAUGUCUCCCGACCUGGCAGCCGGGCUGCACGUCAGUGUGCGGCCCCGCAGGGUGCAGCUGCCGGCCGAGGGCGGCGCGGCCUACUCGCCUGCGCGGCGCACCUCUGGGGAGGAGGGCGGGCGCAGCCCCGGAGCCUCGCCGCCGCAGCAGCAGGCAGCGGAAGCGCAGCGGCCAUCCUCGCGGCAGUCGCUGAGCCUGAGCCUUGGGGGCGGUCGCGGCCGUGUCGUGCGGGACUCGCCGGGUGGCUCGGCGGCGGCAUCGGCGGCGGCAUCGGUGGCGUCUGAUGGGGAGGGCAGCGGGGAGAGCGACAGCGGUGCCAACUCCUUCAGCUUCAACCCCAGCCUGCACCCAGAGUUUGCCAAGAUGCAUCACGACUGA